AUGGAAUGCAAAAUUGAUGAUUCUAAAAAUAGAACAACAAAUAAAAAAGAUGGCAUUGAUUUUAUAGAUUCAAAUUCCUCAAUAGAAAAUUUUAAUGAUAGCAAACAAAAAUUAAAUGUAACUACUGCCACCAUUUCAAUAUCACCACCUUCAACUACUUCUCCACCCGCUACCAAAAUAAAUGAAGUGUUCCUACCAUCAAAUCUUGAACCAAUUGCUUCUUCAUCUCAAAAUGAUAAACCUUCUGUAUCAAAAGAGACAACCAUUAUCAAUGGCCCUGAAAAUGGUUUAAAUUCAACAAUAACCUCUACUUCAACAGCAACAUCUAUACAUACACCUACACCAACACCAACACCAACACCAACACCAACAACAAAACCUACACCUACCCCAACACCAACACCUUCACAAACAAAAACAACAACAACAACCACAAAUACAACAACUACAACAACAACACCAAAACCAACAUCAUGUGCAAAAAAUAUUCCAAAAAACCUACCAAUUUUACAAUCAACUUUAUUCACUAAAAUGGAAAAUCAAAGAAAAAUAAAAAUAAACCAUCAAUUAUAUCUUAGUGAAUUUGAUCGAUCAAUUAUUAAAUUUAAAUAUUAUCCAAACUUAAAACAACUUUUGUCACACCACCCAGUAAAAAAAUCAAAUGAUUAUGGAAGCUUAAAAUAUACUUUCCAAAGGGUUAAAUUCAUUGAAAAGUAUAAAAACAGCCCAGAUUUUUAUAUUGAUGAAGAUGAAGAACCAGAUUUUGAAAUCAAUGAUGGUCCUUUAAAAUCCAUUUUAAAAGUUAAAAAUCCACCAGCCAAUAGUACUUUUGAAUAUUUCAUUAAAAAUGGUAAUAUAAAUAAUAAUAUAACCAAUACCAACACAAAUAUAAAUAUCAAUAUCAAUACCAAUUCCAAUACCAAUACCAAUAAUAAUAUUAAUGAUAAUAAUAAUACCAAUGAUGAUAAUAAUACAAAUAUCAAUAUCAAUACCAAUGAUAUAAAUAAUAAUAAUAAUAAUACCAUAACCAAAACCAAUGCCAAUGCCAAUGCCAAUGCCAAUGCCAAUGAUAAUUCCAAUACCAAUGCCAAUACCAAUGCCAAUGCCAAUGCCAAUGCCAGUGACAAUUCCAAUACCAAUGCUAAUGCAAAUUCAAAUACCAAUGAAAAUACCAGUGCCAAUGCAAAUACCAAUGCAAGUACCAAUGAAAAUACCAGUGCCAAUACAAAUACCAAUGCAAGUACCAAUGCAAAUACAAAUGCAAUUACCAAUGCAAAUGCAAAUGUAAAUGAAUUUAAUAAUAGUAAUAUUGAAGAAGAUAAUGAUCUAAUUGAAAGUUUAAAAGAAGAUGAUGAAAAACAAAAACAAUUUGAAAUAUUAUUUUGGAAAGUUAUAAAGACAUCAAAUUGUUUUGAAAGUAUUUUAUCUAAUUUAUCAAAAGAAUAUAUGUUCCCAAAGAAUAGUUUACAAUUGAUGAAUAAUGUUUGUUGGUUAAUAAAUAAUGGUUAUAAAACAAUAUUAAGAUAUAAGAUUAUGAAUGAUCAUCAUUUAGAGUAUAUAGAAUAUGAACCGGAGAAAUCGUGUGAUAUAAUUGAUUCUGGUUUAAUUCCAAAAUUAUUGAAAUUCUUUAAAGGUGAUUCAGAUCCAGAAUUAUACAAAACCAUAUUUUUAAAGAAAUUUAAAAAGCACUGUUCAUUGACAUCAUCAGCAGAAGUUGUUAAUUUAAUUGGAAUAAAAGCAAGUUGUUCAGGUAACUUGGAUGCAUUAUUGGUAUUAAUGCAAAGCCCAUUCAAUUAUCAAGUUACAAUUAAAGAUUUCUAUAAAUCUUUAUCAAGAGGUGAAAUUAAAAUCGCAAUUUGGAUAUUCAACUAUUUAAUGAAAAAUAUGGGUACCAAGAAUGAAUACAAAUUAAAAAAUGAUGAUAUUGAUGAUUUUCUUGAAUUAACCAAUAUUUUAAAAAAUAAUACUAGUUAUCGUCCAACCGAAGAAGUUAGAGAAAAGAUAGACCUAUAUAAUCGUAAAAAAUCAAGAUUAGUUAUUUUAGGUCUUGAAGUUAAAAAUUUUCCAGACGAUGGAGAAUUAAUUUCAAGAAGAAAUAUUGAAUUGUUUUUUCCAUUGAAUAAACUAUAUAGAUCUAUUACAAAAGGUACAAAAUUAUUAUUAGAUGAUAAUAAAUUACCACUUUUUAAUUGGAAAUUAUCAAAUACUGAAUUAAAUGAUUACUAUGAACUUUUAAUUAAAAUUGAUGAAAUUAAUCAAGAUAAUUUAAAAUUCAAAACUAAAGAUAUCGAUGGAGAUGAAUUAGUUUGUAUUUCACUCUUUGGAGGGUGUCCACUAGUUCAAAACUUCAAUGUUUCUCAAUUAUUGAAUGCAUGUUAUGCCAUUUCUAUAUUGAGAAAUUUUAUAAUACCAGAUUCAAUUCUUUUAUCAGGUAGAAGCAAAAAUGAAAUUGAUUUAGAUGUUUUAAGUAUUUAUACAGAAAAUAUGACAUAUCACCAUCGAAUUUGGUAUAUUUCAUACUAUCUAUUAGAUAAAUUACAACUAGAUCAAUUUGUUAAAAAUAAUCCCAACAUUUUCACUAAAGAGUAUCUUGAAAAACCAGUUGUUGAAUUAAUUAAAAAGAAUGACCAAUAUGCAAGAAAGUUAAUUGAAAUGUUUUAUACAUUCAAAACAUUUCUAUAUAAGAAUAAAACUCCAAAUAGUUUUAUAGCACCAGAUUAUUAUUAUAUAUUAGUUAAAAAUAAAUUUGAAAUCAGUGAUAGUUUCAAUAGAAAUAUAGGAAGGAAUACAAUAAAUGUCAACAGUUCUGGAUUAGAUUUCAAAACUGUAAUUAGUAUUUUAGAGAAUGCUGACCAUCAAAUGUUUGAUAUUUGGGUUUAUCCUUAUGUUGACACAGUGCCUUGCCUUAUUGAAAUGCUUACUGAAUCUGAUAUGAAAACUAUGUUAUUUAGAAAAUGUGAAAAGGGUAAUCCAUUUGACGAAGAAAGAAUCAAACAAUUAUACAUAGAAUUGAAACGUGACUCUUAUUAUAAUUAUAAUAGACAUUUAAAUCCUAAACUUGUACUAACACCAUUCAUUCAAGCUUUGAGAUACUUCUUUUUAAUUAACGCUAUACUUAAUGAUGAUUCUGAAAAGAUUUAUUCAAGUUGGUAUAAUCUUGGUCAUUAUUUUGAUUAUACUCAAAAAUCAAGUAGAUUCGUUAGAGAGAUUUUACCACUUGCAAAUCUUUGUAAACACAUCUCAUCAGUUAAAACAUUGGAAACUGUAUUUGAAUUAUCUUCAAAAACCAAUACUUAUCCAUGGAAUCAUCCUGGUGAUGAAAAUGUAAAAUCUUGGUUACCAGAUAGAUCAACCAUUUUUUGUAAUUGGGACUAUACUGAAUGGUUUAUUAAUGGAAGAAUGGAUUUAUUCGUUUCAAUGUCAAAGUUAAUUCUUGCAUUCAUUUCAAAAGAAGAAACUCGUGGUUUCACAAUUACACCAUUUCCAUUAAGAUGCUCUUACACUUUCCAAGAUUGUCAAUCAUUAAGAUGUUUAUUAUUUGUAAUUCAAAAUCCAAGAUCAUUUGAUAUUCCAGAUUUAUGUACAUUUACAUUUUCUUUAAAAACUAAAAAAUCUUUAACCGAAACAAAUUCAAAAUUACAAGCCACAACAACAAAUUCUACUACUACUAAUAUUGCUGGAGUUGAUGGUACUGCUGAUGGUGUUGAUCGUGUUGGUCAUGUUGAUGGUCCUGAUCUUCUUGAUUGUGUUGAUGGUAUUGAUGGUGUUGAUCGUGUUGAUCAUGUUGAUCGUGUUGAUCGUGUUGAUCGUGCUGCUGAUGGUGUUGAUCGUGUUGAUGGUACUGCUGAUGGUGUUGAUCGUGUUGGUCAUGUUGAUGGUCCUGAUCUUCUUGAUUGUGUUGAUGGUAUUGAUGGUCUUGAUCGUGCUGAUGGUCUUGAUGGUGUUGAUAGUGUUGAUCGUGUUGAUCGUGUUGAUAGUCUUGAUCGUGUUGAUGGUCUUGAUCGUGUUGAUGGUGUUGAUCGUGUUGAUCGUGUUGAUAGUGUUGAUCGUCUUGAUGGUCUUGAUCGUGUUGAUCGUCUUGAUCGUGUUGAUCGUGUUGAUCGUCUUGAUGGUGCUGAUGGUGUUGGUGGUGCAACUACUACUACUUCUACAACAACAACAAUAACUUCAAAUAAUACAGCAUCUGAUACAUCAUUAAAAAGUUAUAAUGUUAUAGAGAAACCAGAUAAUUUAGAUCAAGAUGAUAUUGAAAAACAAAUUAAACUUAUAAAAGCUGUAAUUAAGAAAUUAAAAAAUCCAUUUGCAUUUGAUAUUCAAUUCUUUCAUAAUAAUAAUCAAUUACAAUAUUAUUUACCAUUGUUUAAUUGGAUUUUAAAUACUCCAUUCUUAAGAAACAAAGUUAGUAAAGGUAUUGAUAUACUUUAUUAUGUUUGUGGUAGAUCUAUAGAAUUCCUUCAAAUCUAUAAAGAUAAUUUUAAAUUCCAUUUAUUUGAUUCAACAAUCUAUGAUUUAAUUCUUCAAAAUGGUGAUACUGAAUUCAUUGGUUUAUUAUUUGAUGAAUAUUAUAAUGGUUCCCCACCAUCACAACCACCAUCAUCAUCAUCAUCACAAUCUUAUAAAAACAAUUGUGAAGAAUUCAGAAAAAAGAUAAAACUAAUGUUACAACAUUCAGUUUUAAAAGGUCAUCUUUCAGUUGCUCAAUUUUUACAUGAUAAUAAAAUUGGAAAACAAUAUUUAGAAGAGCUUGUAAAUCAAAAUUUUGCAGACUUAAUUUCAGAGGAUCGUUUGGAAAUUGUUGAAUUCCUUUAUCAAAAUAAUUAUAUCUCAAUAACUGAUGUUGAUUAUAUUGUAAAUUUAUUUAAUAAUAACAAACCAAAAAAAUUAAAAUUCAAUUUAAAGAAUUCAACUUACUAUUACUGUAAAAAAGUAUUCAAUUUUUAA